UUUGUGUUGUCACAGAUCGUCCAUGGAGAUCUGGCCACGAGGAACAUAUUGCUGGCUAAAGAUAACAUCGUGAAAAUAAGCGACGUUGGCCAUCCCAGAGGUAUCAAUAAGGACGUUCAGUGCAUCAAGAAAGGAGAGGGUUCGCUGCCUGUCAAAUGGAUGGCACUGGAGAGCCUGACCGAAGAGAUGGUGUAUACGAGUGAAUCGGAUGUUUGGGCGUAUGGGAUUGUCCUUUGGGAGAUGUUCAGCCUCGGAGGGGCUCCAUAUCCGGGGAUGAAUCAAUCAGAGCUU